CUCUGGCUUCACUAUCAAGCUGCUGAAUAUAUCACAUCCGGGUCAAUAGGGGUCGUGUGAGGGUUGCUCAACAAAAACAUGUUGUUACGUAGGGUCUUACAAUGUGGUGUUUCUGCACUCAAAGUCAACCGGUCCAUUCAUCUGAGUGCGCCAUGGAGAAGUCCACUUAUACCUAUAGUUGUGGAGCAGACGGGACGAGGAGAACGAGCCUAUGACAUCUACUCAAGGCUGCUUAGAGAGAGGAUCAUAUGUGUUAUGGGUCCAAUCGAUGACACUGUAGCUUCUCUGGUUAUCGCUCAACUGCUCUUUCUUCAGUCAGAGAGCAACAAUAAGCCUAUUCACAUGUACAUCAACAGUCCUGGUGGUGUGGUUACGGCUGGACUUGCGAUCUAUGACACCAUGCAGUACAUCUUAAAUCCCAUCUCUACCUGGUGUGUGGGCCAGGCUGCCAGUAUGGGCAGUCUCCUUCUGGCCGCAGGAACCGCAGGCAUGAGACAUUCCCUGCCCAAUGCCCGAAUCAUGGUGCACCAACCCUCUGGAGGGGCAAGGGGGCAAGCAACUGAUAUUGCCAUCCAGGCCGAGGAGAUUCUCAAACUGAAAAGACAGAUCAACUACAUCUAUUCCAAACACACAGGGCAGAAAUUGGAGAUUAUAGAGAGCGUGAUGGAGAGAGACCGGUACAUGAGCCCGAUGGAAGCACAGGAUUUCGGGAUUAUCGACAAGGUCCUGGUUCAUCCACCACAGGCUGGGCAAGACGAGCCAGAACUUGUUCAAAAAGAACCCACUAGCCCUGCAACCGCCUCCACCUCCCCUCAGCCUCAAGCCUCUGAGCCGGGCCAGUCCGGCAGCAACCCUCUCUCCUCAUACAAACCUAAACCCUGAAAUAGACUCCCAGCAGGAGCGAGUCAACUAAUGCAUCGCUGGUUCAGCGUUUCGUCUGGCAGAUGUUUGAGGGGACAGUCACCAGCUCACACAUCAUAUCUGAACCCUGUGACCUGCCUUUUGUAUCUUUCAUUUUAUUAAGUCUCACUAAGUCUAGUCCUGAGACACAGUACUGGAAUCUGGACAUUACAGAUACAAGUGUAAUGACGCUCGGUCUGCCCUCAUAUUUGUAUGCUGCAAAUAUAGAUAUCUUUGCAAAAAUGAGGUUUGUUGCAAACAAACUAGAUGAGAAGAACACAAGAUUACAAUACAUGGCUUGAUGUCUGUAUAUUAUUU